AUGGCUAUGAUAGGUGCAUGCUCUUUGAUGUUUUGCAAGUUUUGUGCGUGCAGGGCUCCUGAUUUCUUUGGGAAGAAGGACCCCAUUGCUAUCAUACGGUGGUUAGAGGACAUCUCGAAUUCCUUCAGAUCUAGCCUCUAUCCUGAGGAGGUGAAGGUUAGACUUGCAUCCUAUCUUUUGAAAGACAAAGCUCAUGAUUGGUGGGAGGAGGUAGGCUACGCCUUGGGAGGCGAGUAUGUCGACGCGAUGACUUGGGAUGAUUUUUCUUUAAGUUUUAGGGUGGAGUUUGCACCAGUGAUCGAAGUCCAACAGUUGGCGAGGGAGUUCCAGGACCUUUUCCAGACUACUGAGACAGUGGCGGGGAUUACCGCUAUGUUCAGGGAUAGGGCUUUUCUAGUUCCGCAAUAUGUGGCAAGUGAGGAGAUGAAGAAGGCUCGGUACCAUGAUAUACUAAAGGAUGAAAUUCGGGAGUUUCUGAGUAUGUCUAGCUGCAAUACAUUGGAUGAUAUGAUCGAUCAGGCUCAUGAGCAAGAGAUUGAGUUGGAGACUAUGAGGAAGAGGAAGUCAGUUCGGACUCAAGUAUCAGAGGGCUCAGGCACGAAGCCCAAGUUUGUUGAUUCACGAUCGAGAGGCCAUCAGGGCUGCAGCCGUUGUGGCACUUACGGCAUGGCGCACGAUGGAGUUUGUAGGAUGGGUGGGUCCGACUGCUACAAGUGCGGCAAGACCAGACACUUUAGCAGGGGUUGCCCCACCACCCCAGUGACGUUCCUAGUGAACGAUGUUCUAGCCAUAGUUCUGUUUGAUUCGGGUGCCACCCGAUCAUUUGUGUCUCUUGCGCCUAGCAAGAGGUUCGGGUAUGCUCCAAGGGAGCUUGAUUAUCCAUUAGAGGUAGAGAUUUCCGAUGAUUUUUUUAUACAGGUAUCGAGGGUACAUAGAGGUUUUGUUCUGGAGCUAUUCAGCGAGAGGUACCCAAUUUAUUUGGUUCCUAUUCCUUUGUACAAGAUCAAGGUGGAGGUGGGAAUGGAAUGGUUAGGCCCUAAUGGGGCUAUGAUUGAUUGCGGGCACCAGUUAAUUAUGGUUUGA